GUAACUUUUAUGGAAUAAGAUGAUUUUACUUUUCCCUUAUUGUUGCUUGUUGCUAGGUUCUGGCAAUACGUCUAAGGCAGACACUGAGAAGAACCCUUCAACUACUCUCUCAAGUUUUAGCAGGGCGAGAGGCAACACGUUUUUCAGGUUGGCUCGAGACCAAAGAUUUGACAUGGUCAAAUCUAUAAGUUACAAGAGUGCCCUUGCCUGUUACGAGAAGGCCUACAAAUGGGCGUCUAGGGACGAGGAUUUGGUAUCAGCGGCAAAAAACGCGGCAACAACGUGUUGGAGACUAGCAACGCUUAAAAUGGCAACCGGAUGUGCUUCUGACCAAAAGGUGAUUCACGAAUACUUCAAAGAUGCUCUGCAGUACUUCGGCAAAGCUUACCCCAAAAGAAACUGCAAAGGAGAAAAAUGGGCCAAACAUCUGGAAAAGUCAAUUCAGGAUUGCCUGAAUGAUAUCAGAACUUGGAUCAGACCUAAGGAUGAAGAUGAUCGGAUAGUUGCUCUGACGGAAUACUUGGAAUACCUACCUUCAUGUGGCGCCAAAGUUGAAGGAUAUCUUUAUAUUGCAACCAUCUAUUUCAAGAAAGGCAAAGAAGCAUUGAAGUUCGACGAAUAUGAAAACUGCCAAGGGUACUUGAAGGACUGUCGUGUUCCUUUGGGGGAAGCAGAGAAGAUGUGUGAUAAUGUAGACCCAAUCAUUCGUUUAGAUGUUACUGCAUUGAAGAAGAAUGUAGAGUACCAUGAAGGCCUUGUCAAGAGGUCUAUAGCCAGAGCAAAAGAUGCACAAGCGCGUCAACAACGGGAACUAGCGGAGGCUAAGGAGAAGGAGAUUGCGAUGGACCAACUGAAGACUGAUAUCAAAGCACUAGAUCUUCUCUUGAAGUUAUCCAUCGAACUCUUCGUCAAGCAAGUCUAUCAAUCGUGGCCUCCUAAGGGUACUAAGGAAACACAGCCUUCCUUGACCUCAUCAUCAACAUCGUCGUCGUCGUCGCAGAAGAAGCUACUGAUCCGAGCCAUCAGCCAUUAUCACCCGGACAAGGUUGAUAAGAGCGUACAUGGUAUCAAAUGGCAGUUACUCUCAUGUGAAAUUACCAAAUGCCUGAGCAUGCGAUUAGCCAGAAUAAAGUAACAGAGCAACGGCGGCAUGACUUUCGAGAUAUCAAGUAUAAUAGGCCUACAAGCUUUGCUUCUUUAACAGGUUAUCGAUGUUUCACCUUAUUUCUCUAAGUUAUUGUCAUUGUUUUUUUUAUCAUUCAUUAGCUUGUUAAAUCUUAUGUAUGAAACAACCUUGUUAGGUGGAAUGUGGAACAAUAAAACAAAACAAACAAGUUCAUUUCCCAAUUGUUUGUCCUAUAGAAAUCAUGUUCAGAUUACAUAAUACGUCACUGUAAUGUUCCUAUAUGUUCAUAGGUGAUAGACAAGGUUGGAUUUUUGUUUGGCCUUAGGUUGAUUUUCCCCCCAAAAUCCUUGCAAAAGUGUUUCAUUCAUUAUCUUCCUUGACAGGGCAGAAUAUCCAAUUCGACUCCAUUUACGAUAUAUCCAAUUAACACGAAAGCUUGCUUCUGUCAUUUACUUUUCAACAUUUCUUUUUUUUGCUUUGUUAGAAUAAAUAAGCACAUUUGAAAUGUUAUCGUCCGUUUUACGCCUAGGCUUAUAUAUAUAUAUAUAUAUAUAUAUCAAACACCAAACUUUGAGGAAUAGAGGAAUUUGAUUUCCAUAAUUUAUCGGGGCUUAACUUCAACGAACCAUAGGUGAAACUUAUGUACCAUUGUACUGAUUUGCCAAAAGUAUAUUGACAUUCAGAUUAAAAAACCUAGUUAUAUGGAAUGUAUUUGAUAAGUUACGUUAUAAUAAGAACACCAAUGUUGUAUACAGUAAAGCUAAUCACCGGAUGUUUUUUCUUAGGAAGCUAAACAAAUUAACGUUGACAGGACGAUCUUGCAUCUUUUCUAUCAGUCUAUCAUUCAAAGUGAUCUUCUAUUCAAUCCCAUUUGUUUUUUUAUGGAAAUCUCACACCAGCAGACAAAACUAAACUCGAACGUCCUAGGAAAAUUGCUCAACGUCUUAUCAGCAUUGAAUUAACACCCGUAUCAGUUUUGUUUGAAGAUCGCUUAUUGACUAAAAUAACUUCUAUUAUGAAAGACCCACCACAUCCACUAUUUUCAUGUUUUACUUUUAACCGCUCAGGAAUCCGCCUACGUGUACCAAUUACCCAUAGAGCCAGAUACAGAAAUUCUUUUAUUCCAAAUUCCAUGCACAUCUAUAAUGCACAAAUAACACGAAGUUUUCAGCUGUAAGCGAAAUAAUAGCGAUAAUAGCGAUUAUGAUUAUUUGUUAACUUUUUCUCUACCCACCCAGUAAAAUAAAUUUGUAGGGAUUGGGUUGGAAAGUUUUCCACCUUAUCACCUUUGUGGGUCAAAAACAUCCGUUGUGUAGCUCUGCUGCUGAUUUUUUUCUACAUUAUUAUGGCCAUGUAUUUUCUGUCAUGCAUUAUAAUCUGAUUGGAAAUUAUGCCAUCUUUCCUUCUCUAUCUCUCCCCUUUCCCUUUGGACCCUUACCAACUCUCCCCAUAUUUCUCUCUUUUAUCAGUCCUUCGAGCUUGAGCUCUCUUUUUCUUUCUCUUUCUGC